AGGCGCUGGGGGCGUCCCCUAAGAUUCCAUCUGGAAAUACUUGUGGCCUGAGACUUGGGAAGCCGCGCCCUGCUCUGAUCAGUCCAGGCAUAGGCACCGGCACCGGCCCGCAGACGAUUCCCCAGCGAGCCAUGGAGAGGCCGGCGCCCCUGGCUGUGCUGCCCUUCUCGGAUCCGGCGCACGCCCUGAGUCUGCUCCGGGGGCUGAGCCAGCUGCGCGCCGAGCGCAAGUUCUUGGACGUGACACUGGAGGCGGCGGGCGGGCGCGACUUCCCCGCGCACCGGGCGGUGCUGGCAGCGGCCAGCCCCUACUUCCGCGCCAUGUUCGCGGGCCAGCUGCGGGAGAGCCGUGCCGAGCGGGUGCGGCUGCACGGCGUGCCUCCCGACAUGCUGCAGCUGCUGCUGGACUUCAGCUACACGGGCCGGGUGGCGGUGAGCGGCGACAACGCCGAGCCGCUGCUGCGCGCCGCCGACCUGCUGCAGUUCCCGGCCGUGAAGGAGGCGUGUGGGGCCUUCCUGCAGCAGCAGCUCGACCUCGCCAACUGCCUGGACAUGCAGGACUUCGCCGAGGCCUUCAGCUGCGCGGGGCUGGCGGGCGCGGCGCAGCGCUUCAUCCUGCGCCACGUGGGCGAGCUGGGCGCCGAGCAGCUGGAGCGCCUGCCCCUGGCGCGCCUGCUGCGCUACCUGCGAGACGACGGGCUCUGCGUGCCCAAGGAGGAGGCCGCCUACCAGCUGGCGCUGCGCUGGGUGCGGGCCGACCUGCCGCGCCGCGCCGCGCACUGGCCGCAGCUGCUGGAGGCCGUGCGCCUGCCCUUCGUGCGCCGCUUUUACCUGCUGGCGCACGUGGAGGCCGAGCCGCUCGUGGCGCGCUGCCCGCCCUGCCUGCGCCUGCUGCGCGAGGCCCGCGACUUCCAGGCGGCGCGCUACGACCGCCACGACCGCGGGCCCUGCCCCCGCAUGCGCCCGCGCCCUUCCACCGGGCUGGCCGAGAUCCUCGUGCUCGUGGGCGGCUGCGACCAGGACUGCGACGAGCUGGUCACCGUGGACUGCUACAACCCGCAGACCGGCCAGUGGCGCUACCUGGCCGAGUUCCCGGACCACCUGGGCGGGGGCUAUAGCAUCGUGGCGCUGGGCAACGACAUUUAUGUCACGGGAGGCUCAGACGGCUCCCGGCUCUAUGACUGUGUCUGGAGGUACAACUCGAGCGUGAAUGAGUGGACGGAGGUGUCGCCCAUGCUAAAGGCCCGAGAGUACCACAGCUCCACCGUCCUGGACGGGCUACUGUACGUCAUCGCCUCGGACAGCACCGAGCGCUAUGACCACACCAGCGACACCUGGGAGGCCCUGCAGCCCAUGCCCUACCCCAUGGACAACUGCUCCACCACCGCCUGCAGGGGCAAGCUCUUCGCCAUCGGUUCACUGGCGGGCAAGGACACCAUGGUGAUCCAGUGCUACGACCCAGACACUGACCUCUGGUCCCUGGUCAACUGCGGCCAGCUGCCACCCUGGUCUUUUGCACCUAAGACGGUGACCCUGAAUGGCCUCAUGUACUUUGUGAGAGAUGAUUCUGCUGAAGUGGAUGUGUAUAACCCCGUGAAGAAUGAAUGGGAUAAGAUCCCUUCUAUGAACCAGGUCCACGUGGGAGGUAGCCUGGCAGUCCUGGGUGGGAAGCUCUACGUGUCUGGUGGCUACGACAAUACAUUUGAACUCUCAGAUGUGGUGGAAGCGUUUGACCCAGAGACUCGAGCGUGGAGCGUGGUGGGGCGCCUCCCGGAGCCCACCUUCUGGCACGGCAGCGUCAGCAUCUUCCGACAGUUCAUGCCUCAGACCACAUCGAAUGGGCACGGCUUUGACCUCGACAAUGCCAAUGACUCGAACCUGAACCGGUCUCGGCCACACCUGCAGAACCAGAACCAGAACCUGAACGAGCUCCGUUAGCGCCGGCUUCCCUGGGCCUCCCUCAGGGAUGCAGUUCGGCUCAGCACACGGAUCCAUGGGCGUUGGGGGGCGGGAAGGGGGGACCCCGGUGACCAGCAGGUAUAGGGCGUCCGCAUGCAUGGCGAGAGGCUGGGCGCGCUUGGGCCACGGAGCCCUCGGAACCACUGGUCACAGUGCCGGCUUUAGCUUUCAGCACCAAGGGAGACACUAGAGCAGAGAGAGGUUUCCAAGGUAUUCUUCCUUUUCACUUGUUGGGGGGAGAGGCUCUCCUCCCCGACAUCCACCCCUGGCUCCCUGAGGCCUGGAUUGCUGCCCACUUCCGCCUCCUAAGGAGCCCCCUGUUGCCAUCUUCCUUCUAGGGCUGUGCAUGGGUGGUAGGACCUGGCUCUGGGUACCAAGUUGUGGAAAUAGGUGGGCAUGGUAGGCACAGAGUUUGGGUAGAAAACCCCGGAGUCCUCUGACAAGGGCUCCCCUUCCAGGCACACUUGUGCAGACCCCCUCUGCUUCUCCCUACCCCUCACCCCCAUCUCUGUGGUCUUCAGGUAUGGAAGCGCCACCCCACGGUUAACUGGCCCAGAUGCCUAUUUCCUGGGUGCUUGGACCCAGCCAGCUCCAGAGUCUGUGUUUGCUUCACAGACUGACCCAGAUGCCCAAAUGACCUGUGUGUGUGGUCUCCGCAUUCCUACCCCUGACCCACCUUUGGGACCAGCAGGGCAGCAAAGUGGGGGUUUUUUAGGAGCUCAUGCUGGUGUAGACCCUUCUUCCUCCUCCUCCCUUCCCCAUUCCACGGGUGGGCCAGUGACUCUUGAAAGGAUUGCUGCCUGGCUGAUUGUGCUCCCUGGGUGUCCCAGCCAAAGCGUCAGGACUAACUCUCCCACACUCCCCACUACGGGCACUUAGUGAGUCGGACCAGCAGCCCUUGAGAUUAAAAACAUCUUUAAAAGACGUGGCAUACCUGCCAUCCUCUGUGCUCGCCUCAAGAGGUUAGACUGUUACAGAGGAGCACCCUGGGCAGGAACGUGGAUUAGCCUAUGACGCAAUGACCCCCGUGGGCUGCCAGAGGCCUGUGCUUGACCUCUGGAUGUGCUCACUGCUCUUUCACCUAUUAGGGGCCCAUCUUGGGUCUAGAUUCUGGCCCUGGCUGGCCCAAGAGGCCUUCUGACUUCUCAUAGACACCGGCUGUGAGCCAUGUUGUGGCUGACCAAAGGCAGAAACGUUCCAGCUGACUUUGUGUUGAAAGGCGUUGUACCGCACCAUCAUCAGUCUAAAGAGGUGAGGAGUUUAGAUGUUGGUCACAGGGGCAGCUAGGUGGUGCAGUGAAUAGAGCACCGGCCCUGGAGUCAGGAGUACCUGAGUUCAAAUUUGGCCUCAGACACUUAACACUUACUAGCUGUGUGACCCUGGGCAAGUCACUUAACCCCAAUUGCCUCACUAAAAAAAAAGAAAGAUGUUGGUCACAGAAAUAGGGCCCCAGCCCCUCUAUAGAGUGAAGCCACAGCUCAAUCUGACUUGUUCUUGCUUCUGCCCUUUCAAAUGCCCAGAGGAGUCGUACGUGUCUCCUUCCCCAAGAUGGCUGCCUGGGUGACCCAGAGUGGACCCAUUCACUUCCUCGGAUGCCUCUUUUGUAAAAUGGGGCUUGGAUUCGGUCCCGCUUUGAACAUUUUCCCAUCUUCCAAGAGAAAUGUUCCUAUAGAGAGCAGCGUUGGCUCUCAUAGAGUUUAGAAAGGUAUGGGGGAGGCUUUGUGGAUAAAGGACUGGCCGAAGAACCAGGAAGACCUAGGUUCAAAUCCCACCUCAGUCACCUGCUAGCUGUGUGACCCUGGGCAAGUUACUUUACCCUCUUUGUGCCCUGGGCCAUCUGCAUGGGGAGGAAAGGGUUUCCUCACCAGGAGCUCUGUUGAAAUUCAGUUGGGAUUCUUUUUUUUUAAUCACAUUUUUAAAUCCUAGCAUCAUUUCAAGAGCUAUUUUUACCCUUGUCAGGAAACCAUGUCCCCCACGAUUGCAGGGAAUAUUAGACCGACAAUCGGCCCUUGGGAGUAAAGGCAUUUUUUUAAAGUUAGCCUUUAUCACACUCAGAAGUCUGGCCGAGCCCCCUCUGAGGGGCUUGAACAGUUGAGCGCUCACCCUUCCUGUUUGGAAGGGACAGAGGGCAGUGUGCUUUGUGUGGUGUCAGGAUUCAUGGGCCUGAUUAAAAACUCUUCCCAUGGAGAAUGGGGCCUUGAGAAGACAAAGUAGCAUCUACAGAGAAUGUGAAUGGUCCUGCAGUGUAGACAGGGUGCUGGAUAUGUAAUCAUAGAGGCCCCAGGUUCCAAUCCUGCCCACGCUGGGAAAUUCAACUUAUGCUUCCACUUUAUCUGUAAAAUGAGGGGGCUCUGAAACCCCUUCCAGCUCUAAACCUGGGAUUCUGAGGUGAGAAUUAGAGUGCUUUUCCCCGAGAAGCAGUGACAUCUUGGAGAGGCUCCGUCUUCCUUGCCUGUUGGGUAAAAUCAGGAUGUGUUAGGCAUUUUUUGGUAUUUCCUGUUCUGAGAAGCCUCGGUUAGGGGUCCACGCCAAGUCAGCCCAACCGUCAGAAGGAUCACAGAUACAAACAGUUCUGGGUGAGAAAAUGCCCAAGAAAGUGAGAGUCCAGGGACAGACGAAUUGGGGACAGGAGGGAUUUCUCCGUUGUCUUUUACAUUCUCUUCCAACCGCCUGCCCCCCUCAGCCUCAGUUUCUGUUGUUGUGAAGAUCUGAUAAGAUCAUCCGUACAGGUGCUUGGCAAACCUUAAAGCACUGUGCUAGUUAACUGCUGUUCUUGCUCUGGUGGGGCUCUUGUCAAGAGUUCACCCCAGUUAGGUGGGCAGCUGGCCGGCAGGCUUCCCUCAUCUCCCAUCAGCUGAGGUCGGGCUGGUGUGGGCACAGGUGAGGAUGCUCUUGCCACCCUCUUGUUUCACGCCAGACUAAUCCCCCCCCCUUGGGGGCUGCCUCUCCUUUGCCACUGGCUUCUUCCCCUUAUCCCAAGCCCCCACUGUAAAGUCACAAACUUGAAUCCCUGGCUUUCCCUUAACCCUCUUCCACCUCCUUCCCUUCCUGGAUUAGCACUGAUGUUAAGCUGGUGGUCUGUGCCUGGUGUGUGUGUGUGUGUGUGUGUGUCCGUACUAAACUGAAUUUGCCUUAUAGGAUGGUGAAAAGUUCUGUGACGAGAAUUGAAUGUUGAACUCUUAAAGAAAGUGCUCUAUAUUUAUAUAGAUCCACGAGAUUGGCUUACUCCAGGGCUCGCUCCUGUGGAAGGUGCCAGAACCAAAGGGUGAAGUGGGUUUGUGUAUUUAUUUUGUUUACCGGAUCAGACUUCGUCAUCCCGCAUCGUGGUUAAGGUAGCCGUCCCGUACUUUUUGGAAAUAAAGACAUUUCCUAUAUGUU